GACUCCAGCCCCCACGCUCGGCUUUCCCUGCCUCCCUCCGCUCUCCCCGGCCAUCAGGGAGCCAUGUCUGCGCUGCUGGGGCUCCGGCCCGAGGUGCAGGACACCUGCACCUCGCUGGGGCUGAUGCUCUUGGUCGUUCUGCUCAUGGGGCUGGCCCGCGUGAUCGCCCGGAGACAGCGGCACAGGCCCACGGCCCACGCCUUCAUCCUGGAGUUUCUAGCCACCUUCCAGCUCUGCUGCUGCACCCACGAGCUCCAACUGCUGAGUGAGCAGGAACCCGCGCACCCCACCUGGACGCUGACCCUCAUCUACUUCUUUUCCUUGGUGCAUGGCCUGACCCUGGUGGGCACAGCUAGCAACCCGUGCGGCGUGAUGAUGCAGAUGAUUCUGGGGGGUAUGUCCCCGGAGUCGGGGGCCAUGAGGUUGUUGGCUCAGCUGGUUAGCGCCCUGUGCAGCAGGUACUGCGUAAGCGCCCUGUGGAGCCUGAGUCUGACCAAGUACCACUUCAACGAGAGGAGCUUAGCUUGCAAGAAUCCCAUCCACACGGACAUGUCCAAAGCGAUCAUCACAGAGGCCAUCUGCUCCUUCAUUUUCCACAGCGCUCUACUGCACUUCCAGGAGGUCCGAGCCAAGCUUCGCAUCCACCUGCUGGCUGCACUCAUCACCUUUUUGGCUUAUGCAGGAGGGAGCCUCACCGGAGCGCUGUUUAACCCGGCUCUGGCGCUGUCUCUGCACUUCCCCUGCUUUGAUGAAUCCUUCUACCAGUUCUUUGUAGUAUACUGGAUUGCUCCUUCUCUAGGUGUGCUGCUGAUGAUCCUGACGUUCAGCUUUUUCCUUCCGUGGCUGCACAACAACCAAACGACGAACAAAAAGGAGUAACGACUCCCAAAGACUCAAACUCAAGUCACUGGAGAGUCAGGGGGGUCUGACCCAUGUGACCCCCCUCUCAAACUCUGGCCGCACUGGACUCGCCGCUGUCUCAACGUCCUUUGUGGACGGCGUCUUAAUGUUUUCACAACCUGCACUUAAAAUUACUGUGAAAAUGAGGUAGCCUGUCUUCCCAACUAAGACCUGUUCUUCUGAGUGAUGUAUUAAAUGCUGCUAGAAAAGGCUCAUUCAUUAAUCCUCUAUAAAUCCCCGGUGAUUACUCACCGUGAUUAAAAAAAAAAAAACCAAGUGAAUACAAAGUUAAGUGGGGGAGGACCAAAGAAAUUCUGUACUGUCCCUCUGAAUGACCUGGGCUCUAAGCUCAAGUAUCACACUCAGGGAGCAAGCGGAGGUGCUUUUCGGCCACAUCUCAGUGACACCAUCAGUGAUGGCAUCUCUUUUUUUUAUUCUUUUUUUUUUUUUUCGAGACAGGGUUUCUCUGUGGUUUUGGAGCCUGUCCUGGAACUAGCUCUUGUAGACCAGGCUGGUCUCGAACUCACAGAGAUCCACCCGCCUCUGCCUCCAAAGUGCUGGGAUUAAAGGCGUGCGCCACCACCGCCGGGCGGCAUCUCUUAAUAGAAGAGUUGGUUUGACACAGGGUCUCACUUGUGGCCUGGCUGGCCUGCAGCUUCCUGUCUGGAUCAGGCAGGCCUCAAACAUGCAGCGAUCCUUUCGCCUCUGCCUUCCAAAGAUUACAGAGGUGUGCCAUCACAAACAAGGUUUGUUUUAUUUUUGUUUGGGGGUGUGGGCUCACGUGAUGUAGCCCACGUCGGCCUUGAACUCACCAUCCCCUUGAGUGCUGGGAUUAUAGAUUAUACUACCACAACUGCCUCAGGUUUCCAAGCUUUUAAAUAUAUUCUAAGCCUGAAACAGUUUCUCUUAAGUAGAUGGUUUCAGCCAAUCGUCUUAAUAGGGUGUGGUAAACCCAGCCGGGACGUGGCCUCUUCACUUCCCAAUUGCACUCCACAGCUCCCUGGAGACGCAGGCGGGUUCUUGCUCUGUGGCUUUAUUUCUGUAAUGACGCACUGGCAUGCUCAAAUGACAUUCCAACGACAAACCGUGGGAACGAGUUGUUCACCUCGCUUACACGCUCAGAAGCUAAGCCUAGAGGUGUGCUUUGUGCCCCCACUCUACGGCGAGGCAAAUGUAACUCUACACGAACUUCUCAGCAACAAAAACUCCUUCCAGCCCGCAGUGACUGGAGGAAAAGGUUCUCAAUAUUAAAUUCUUUUUAUGAAAUUUAGAAACUCAGUAUUUUCCUUUCUUCUUUUUGUGUAUGUGCAUAUGAGUACAUGUAUGUGUAUGCACAUGUAUGUGCAGGUACCCCAGGACGCCAGAAGAGGAUCUCCUGGAGCUGGAGUUACAGGUGGUUGUCAGCUGCCGUGUGGCUGUCGGGAAUUGAACUCAGGACCUCUGGAAGAACAACCAGUGCUCUUAACCUGAGCCAUCUCUCCAGCCCUAGCAAGUGCUCUUAACUGAUGAGCCGUCUCUUCAGGCCUUUAGCGUUUCUUCAUUGAAAGCCUUAUUAUGAAGUCCAAUUUUUUUAAAUUUAAAUUUCUAUCUCAUUAUUUUGUGUGUAACAUGUGUCAGUACACGCUAUGGCACAUGUUCGGAGAGCGGAGCCCAUCUUCACGAUCUCCAUGGGUCUCCACUUCCAUGUACUUCAGCUUCCUUCCAUCUUCCCUGAGGUCCUGGUGAUGGAACCCAGAUCGCUAGGUCUGGGCUGUGAUGCCUUUACCCCCUGGGCCAUCUUGCUGGCCUUGAAAUCUAAUUACAAAGAUUUCAGGCCAUAGAAGCUACACACAUUCCUUGACCACACUACCAGUCUUAUGGUGCGUGUGUGUGUGUGUGUGUGUGUGAGAGAGAGAGAGAGAGAGAGAGAGAGAGAGAGAGAGAGAGAGAGAGAGAUCACCUGCUUGAGUAGUAAUGAGCAUUCCUCUGGUAAGUUGCCAGGUAACAGCACUGUGUGGUGGGGAGCCUCCAGACAGUGGCUGGGCAGUGUGUUACUAAGUCCAACAGGUAGAUAAGAUAAUGGAUCAUAACAGUGCUUUAAAUGAGAGGUUUCAAAAUUGUGAGAUAACUACAUGCACAUGCUCUCAAAGUCCUUCUCCAGGGACAGGCAAACUUCCUCCAGAAGUGUGCACCCCCUAAACCUGUCUCCAAAUUAAAUCUUUUAGAGAAAGUAUCAAGGAGACACUUUCACAUAUAUUUUUAUAGGAAAACUUAUAGUGCUGGCUUCUCCUCCAAUUUGAGGCCUGCAUGCCAUCCUGGCAACACUACAAACAAUGACCGUUCCCCUUAAGACCA